AUGAGAAAAGGCUCUGACGAAACAGAUUCAAACCCUUGGGCUCUAGGAACUAAAUUUACCAAAUCAACUAAAAAACCACAAAAUCCAAUUGGCAAUAGCCAAAGCUCAAAUCAAGGCUAUCAUAAUAAUCAACAGUAGGAGCAACAAUAGCACAAACAUAUACCUAAAAUGAAAGACAGGAAUCCAUUCUCAGUUUUUAAGAAUCAUAGUGAAAUUCCCACUGAAAAGUUCAAUUCUAAUCUCAAAGCUAUCUUAUCAAAUUUUGAUAUUACUUAGCAUAGCAUUUGUGAGUUUAUGGUUGAGUCUGUCAAAUUAAAUGAUACGAGAGGUUGUUCUAAUUUUGAUAUUAUUGAAUUCUUACUAUCAUAAGUUAAAACUAAGGAAUACUUCAGAGAACUCCCCUAUUAAGAGACUACUAAGCUUAUAAACACUCUAAUAAAUUCUAUGCAAACAAAUACUACAUACUAAAAUAAAGACUCUUGUAUAAAGUUGAUAGGCCACAUUCUAUAUGAAUAGAAUCAAAUUGAAAACCCGACGAUGACAAAAAUUUACAAUGCUAUAUAGAAGUUAUGUUUUGCUCAGUAAACCUUUGAUCAGGAUAAGCAAUUGCAGUAACAACAGCUUUAGAACUCGGGAGGAAGUGGCUCAUCAAAUUCAUAGAGCAAUAAAAACCAGAGGGUUGCAAUUAAUUGCCUAGCAAAUAUGUUGAUUCUUCCAUCAUAGUUCUAUAAGGACAACUAAGAAACUAUAUUCAUGAAGUUAAAAUCCUUAUUCGACCAAUUGAUGAGGAAGAUUAACCAGAAUUUUAAAUCUAAGAGAUUUAUAUCUUUCCUUACCACAGUCUUAAGAGCACUAUAACUGUCUUUAUCAGACAACACAAAGAUGGUUUAAUUAAAUGACACAGAGACUAUCAAGUUGUAUAUUAACUUCUACAAGCUACUAUACUUAGGAACACCUUUUGCAGAGAAAAUGCUAAAUAUUAAGCUUGAAGAGACAAAGUAAAAAGCUAAAAAAAAGGGAGAACAACAAUAGAUCACCUAAUAGGAGUGGGAUGAAGAAGAGCUAAAGGGAGAUAGUGGUAGUUUUAUUAUUGAUACAAGCGAGAUGUCAAGUAGUGAUGGUGGAUUAGGAGAUGGUAUUUCUACUAAAUCUAAGGGAAAGUAGUCUCCGUCUAGCAAUGAUUCAAUUACAUCAUCUGAUCCAUAUUAAAAGAUAAAAAACCAUGCAUCCCUUUCACUUCAGAUACUUUUGAAGUUCAAAAACAAAUAGCUAUUCAACUAUUGGUAUCUCUUAUUCCCAUCUUUCUUUUUGAGAUCUUAAACGGAAUUUUCCCACUCUUUGUUAUCAUUCAAAUCUAACUAAUAGGACUUUAACACAAAAAAAUUCAAUCAUUCAAAAGUGGCAAGACUAGCUAGAAUCAGAAGAUUUAUACAACUAGCAGUUAUCGCAGGUAUCAUUUGUAUCUAUAUCGAACUAUUUAGAGGGGAGAUAUCUGAAAAUUUUCUAAAGGAUAAUAAUCUCUUGAAAUAACUAAUUUAGAUUGAGAAUAAACAAGAUGGGCACUAGCAGUAUUAUGGGCCUAAAGAUCAAAAUGAAAUUUUUUCCUUUAUUACAAAGACAGCAAAGAAUUUUCCAGAUAAAAUAACUAAAGUAUUUUAAAGCAAUCUACUUUAGUUUCUAAAAUUCUAUUUAAAAAGCUAUGAUAGGAAAAAGAUUACAAACAGUAUUAACAUCUUGGAGGAAUGGUUGAAAAAUUUCAAAGAUCAAAACUUGGAAGAUGAUGAUGAGACAGUCAGAAACUAGCCAAUUAACCAAGACUCCCCUUAUUAGAUUUAAAGCUUGAUUAACUUAAUCAGACAAAUCGUAGAUGAAUUUCUUUUUAACAAGUAAAACACUUAUUCAGAUGUGAACAUUUCAAUACUUAGUCUUUUAUGUAACUUUGAUCAAUCAUAGUGGAUGACUGUAUUCGAUGAAAAAUAUACUAAGGAUAUUAUAUACUAUGUUGAACAUACAAAGUAGCCACCUCUCUUAAGAGCAGCAUCUAUCAAAUUAUUAGGAUUCAUGGUAUACUUUGACAAUUUCUUCAAGGAUGAAGAGUUCAAAAACAAAGUAUACUAGUUGAUAUUUGAAAAUUCCAAUGAUACAAAUUAAAAUAUUUAGAUUAGAAAUUCAUGGGCCCUUGCAAAUGUUUGCUGCUUAAAUAAGCAUAUGACUGAUGAAUAUUUGAUAAGAGAAGUGUUGAUUUGCUCAAUAAAUUAUGCUAGCUCCAAUAAAGAAAAAGUAAGUUCUAAUGGAAUUAGAGCACUCGGAUAUUUCUUAAUGAACAUAGAUACUUAAAAACUGGUUAAUGAGGUUUUACCAUCACUAAACAAAUCAUAGAUACUCUUGAAUAGAAUCAGUAAUACUACUAUCAUUAAAAUAAAGAAUCAAAAUCUUGAUCUCGAAAUGAUACUAAGAACAAAGAUUCACGCUGCUUAAACUCUGAUAAAGUUUGUUGAUUUUAGGGCUUUAAGUGAUAAAAUUGUAGCUAUCAAAUUCUGGGAGACUAUGCUUAAUUCACUUGAGCAAAUCAGCACAAUAAUACCAAAUCCUAACGAUUAGAAGUACGUCAAUAAUUUAGAAUAAAACAUCUUAAUUCUAUGGGAAUUGUUAGCAAAUAUUAUACCAUCUUAAUAGAGAAGUGAUGAGAAUUAUCUCAGAAAAGAGCUAAAAAUCCCACAAUAUAGUGGAAUGUACGAUGAAGAAUUAAUUAGAGCUGAGACAGAGUAACUAUUUAAAGAUAACUCAAACCUUGAGAACAAAUUGAUCAAGAUCAGAUCAAUCAUUUCUUGCCUGAGAGAUACUAUCUAGAAUAAUGAAGAAGUUCAUGUUUCUUUUGGAGUAUUUGAUUCACUUAAUAGCUUGGCUGAUUGUCAAAUUAAGAAUUACAGAUUAUUGGAAGCUCUUAAGGGAGUCAAGAGCAGUUUUGAACCUACUUUUGAAGAAUCAAAAAGCGUGGCAUCAGAUUAAACCUUGAGUGAAUGA